AUGGCAGUGCAGGAUGGUGAGAGAAGCAAAUUAGGUGAGUCUGAAUCCCCCAAACCACUGAACGCCGAUGUCGUAUCUAUUCAUGUCACGGAGCAUAUAGAAACGAAUUCUGAAAAUCUGAGUGAGCAUUCAUCGCUAAGCUUACCUAGACGGUCGUCCUACGAGUACUCCGCCAGUCGUCUGGACGAAGGAGUGGUCGUGCGGGUGGCUAGCAGCGUUGAAUGGAAAGAAGGAAACAGUGGGAAUCCUUCCCGUUCAUCUUCAGUUCUGUCAAUAGCGUCGUCCCAUAAUAGCCACGGUGAAAAGACUCAUCGUCGACAGAAUCACGCAAGCCGUCGCAAGUCGUCAAGUUUGUACGUCGGAGAAGGAACGGAAGGAUACGAGAAUAGUGGCCACAAGUCUCGCAACAGAAGCCGCCAUUAUCUUGCUCCUCCAGCAGGCGGUAGUGGUCACAGUCGUCGGCAUUCCAUGGAAGUAUCCAGCCAGCACACUGCGAUUAAAAAGAAGAGGAAGAGUUCCUAUCCCGAGAACGAGGUUCGUCGUGCUGACCGAAGAUCCAGCGGCAGUAACUGUGGCCCUAGCUGUAGAUCCUCUCGUAGUGAGGAGCAAGCUCGCCGGUCCUCUCGAGUAUCGCGUAGGCCAACCAAGAGCAGUGAGAAGGACCAUCACAAAGAAGACGUAGAACUGGAAAAUGGAAUACGACGAAGAAGGAUGAUCAUAAUUGUCAUUUGUUCUGUGUCUAUCUUCAUUUUGCUGACCAGUGUUAUCCUUGUGGCAGUUACUUUGUCCCUUUCGCCGACUAUUGACAAGUUAGUACGAAAAGAAAAUGAAGAAAUCCUCAGGGGUACGUCAUCCACCUCGUCACCAUCUGUAAAUGGCGCCACUGUCAACAAAACGUUUAACUUCACAGGACAACCAGGAUGAUCUGUUUCCGUGUUCUAAUGUUUACUAGUGGGAACUUUUAGAGGCAAUACAGCCAGUCAACAAUAUAAUUCUUAGCAAAAGAAGAAAAAAAAACUAUACAUUUUCUUCUGAACGUCUUAUACAGAAGGAAUCUGUGAUGAGCUAUGUUGUUCCCGAUAGUAAAUUAUGUUAUUAUUACUUUACAUACAAUCAUUUACCUCUUUAAAAUAUAAAAGAUUACAACUUGUAACAAGUCCCUUCUAAAAAUCGAAUCCAUUCAAUUUUUAAAGAUUACUAGGUCAACAUUUAGAGAAAAAUGUUGUCUAUAUGAAACCAAAAUAAUAAUUUAGUUUUCCGUUUAGACGACAUUAUCUUAUCACGAAUUAUGUCAUUUGCUGUUAGCUUCAGUUUAUUGUUUUUCAUUCCUCGUGAUCAGAAUUUUCUGUACAAAGUACAACUGUUUGUUGUUGUUUUUUUCCUCUGUUCAAAUACGAGUUCGGUGUUAUAUACUGUACAAUUUAUUUUUUGUAUUUACGUUUUUUCUGUAGUUUUGGUUACACGUGUAUAUUUCUUUUACUCGAUUGAUUUUUCUAGAAAGUUUGAAAGAUGUUUUUACACUGGAUUUUCCUUGUGAAGAGUUGAGAACUAAAAAUAAAACGUUUAAGAGUUGUUAUAGAAAUUCAGCUUUUAACAACUUAACUGGAAGCUCUUAAGCCAAAAUAGCUUUUAACAACUUAACUGGAGGCUCUUAAGCCAAAAUAGCUUUUAACAACUUAACUGGAGGCUCUAAAGCCACAACAGCUUUUAACAACUUAACUGGAAACUCUUAAGCCACAACAGCUUUUAACAACUUAACUGGAAACUCUUAAGCCACAACAGCUUUUAACAACUUAACUGGAGGCUCUAAAGCCACAACAGCUUUUAACAACUUAACUGGAGGCUCUAAAGCCACAACAGCUUUUAACAACUUAACUGGAGGCUCUAAAGCCACAACAGCUUUUAACAACUUAACUGGAGGCUCUAAAGCCAAAGUAGCUUUUAACAACUUAACUGGAGGCUCUAAAGCCAAAGUAGCUUUUAACAACUUAACUCGAAGCUCUUAAGCCAAAAUGUGUAAGUAUAUUUAGUGAAACGUAUUACUGUAUAAGCAGAUCGAGUGUAAUUAUUACAUAAUUUAUUUACAGUAAUUCGUAUGCAACACGAUAUUACGUUAGAGAUUUACAAAUUAUUGAUUCUAAUCAAUAAAAAAAAAUUGCAGAAGUCUGACUGGAAUAAGUAUAUUUUAUUUCCUCUGCUUGUUUGCUCUUUUCUUUAAGUAGAUACAUUAGACACUUCUAUAGAAACUAUCUUCCAACAAUGCACUGAUAACGUUUUUUUUUAAAUAUUUCUAAGACCGAACAAUAUAAAGAUCAAUUCCAAGCUCAACAAUUUACACGUUCAUUCUGUAUGUAAUGAAAAGCUGACCACAGUCACUAAAAAUAAAAAAUACACUAUUGACUUUUAUAUUCCUAACCUAUUACGACAACAUAUUGUAAUUAUAAAUAUUAGUAAUUAGAUGUUUUACCAAAGAGUUGUUUUUACAGGGUAGAUUAGUUUGGAGUUUUGUUGGUCGUCAAUUGCAGAAGCCUGAAAACGUAAGUUCGGGCUUGUCCUAGGCUUAGCGUGCUCGGACUGUGAAUUGAGGGUUCGUACUUCACGUCCUCUUGUCGUAAGAACGCACUUUUGGACCAUGCGUACGCUGUAAGAGUAACGGCGAAUUCCAACUAUUCGGUCAGACAAGAGUAGCUUAAGAGUUGGCGGUGGGUUCUAUUGACUAACUCCUUUCCCUCUAGUCUAUUCGUUCAAAUUUGGAGACGGAUAUACGCAGAUAGUCCUUGUAUAGCUUUGCAUAAAAUUCUAAAACAAACAAAAUGUAUGUAUUAUAUACAUUGGAUGUAUACAAUUUUUAGUAACUUACUAGCAAAAUCCAUUAAAUAUGCUUCCUAGUUUGAAACUCUUACUAAAGACGUUAGUUAACGAAUACACCACAAUGAAUAUGACAAGGAAACGAACUUUUUUUUUUCUCUUAAAAGUUUUUAGAGUGACAAGACAGUAAGUUUGUACAACUCUAUCUAAUGUAUAGGUUUGUUUGUUUUUGGAAUUUCGCGCAAAGCUACACGAGGGCUAUCUGCGCUAGCCGU